AUGGAUAAUAAUAUAAAUAAUAUUAAUAAUAAUGAAAUUGCUCCUUUCAAUCCUACAAUUCCUCCUCCAGAAAUUCCAGCAAAAAUUGGAAAGAGAGAAGGUACUCCAUUUGAAGUUAUUCCAGCUAAAAUUAAAAAGAAUGAAACAACAUCUACCGAAUUUAAAAAACCAAAUCCUCCAAAACAGGCUCUUUGGAAGCUUUUUCGUGGAAAGUUCCUCCUAACCUUCUAUUUGUGUUCAACUUGCCGUGAUAAUCUCUUUAAAUCACAGGAAAAGAUAACACAAAAGGAUCAACGUGUUGUUGUGAAAAUUGAUUUGUGUUCAAAUUGCGUGAAAAAGAAUUGUAUGGCAACUGAUUUGCUCGCGCCUUAUAAUAAAAAAUAA